AUGCCGUUUGAUCUACUCGACCAGCACCGGAGGCAGGGUCUGGCGGACUCAGAAUGGGAGGAACCGGCCCGCAAGAGACUUCGAAUGAACCCAUCUGAAGACGACGAAAGACAUGCCGCCACAAAAGACAAGAGCAUCACGAUUGCCUCGACCGCCAAACAUGCUGACCAGAAUGUCGCCCAAUUUCUGGCAAAGCACAUCCCUUCGCAAUAUGCGCCCUUGGGCAAGGUUGGCAGACCUGCGACUCAGCACUACGACCCUAUGAAAGACCCCAAUUCCAAGUUUUGCUAUCGACAUCGACCUGACAUGUUGUGCCGGCGUCAAGCAGACGAGCCAUCGAUGGACAAACUGCAGAAAGAAUUGGACACACUGUCACAGGAAGAUCGACAGGGGAUCGUGCAGAUGUGGUCCUUGUUCUCUGCCGCGCCCUCCAAACAUCGAAACCUCAUGCUCCAGGGUAUUCUUGCCCAGUGCUGCUUCCCACAGCUCUCUUUCCUGUCAGCCAAUGUGCGAGAACUCAUUCGGAUCGACUUCCUUUCUGCUCUACCAUCCGAGGUCGCCUUUCGCAUCCUCUCUUUUCUCGACACAACAUCUCUUUGCAAGGCUGCACAGGUAUCGAGGAAGUGGAGACAACUGGCGGAUGACGAUGUAGUCUGGCAUCGUAUGUGCGAGCAGCACAUUGAUCGAAAGUGUACCAAGUGUGGAUGGGGUUUACCCCUGUUGGAGAGGAAGAUGUUGCGUGCCACCAAGAGGCAGAUUGAGUUGCGUGCGGCAAGCAACCUUUCCUUUGACGCCAACGUACCUACUUCGUCGCAGAGUGUUGAGAUAUCAGACACCGACAGCCACCACGACUCCUCGUCAGACGGACGACUCUCGCCUGUGGCUGCCCGCCGUCCGCCACUUGGGACGAGUGAUAGCGAAUACUUUCGGAAAACCAGACCUUGGAAAGAUGUGUACAAGGACAGAUUCAAGGUGGGCACCAAUUGGAAGUACGGCCGAUGCAGUAUCAAGAUUCUCAAGGGCCACACGAAUGGGGUGAUGGCCCUCCAAUUUUACGACAACAUCCUCGCAACGGGGUCAUAUGAUGCUACGAUCAAAAUCUGGGAUCUGGACACCGGCAAAGAGCUCAGGACACUGACUGGUCAUACCAUGGGCAUCCGUUGUCUGCAGUUCGAUGACAACAAGCUCAUCAGUGGCAGCCUGGACAAGACACUGAAGGUCUGGAACUGGCGGACAGGCGAAUGUAUCUCGACAUACAAUGGCCACACCGAAGGAGUGAUUGCGCUUCACUUUGACUCCAACAUCUUGGUUUCGGGCUCUGUCGACCACACAGCCCGGGUGUGGAAUUUCCAGGACCGGUCAGUCUUCACCCUUCGGGGCCACACAGAUUGGGUCAACUCGGUCCAAAUCGAUUCGGCAUCCCGCACCAUUUUCACCGCGUCCGAUGACUGCACGGUGAAACUAUGGGACCUGGACACGAAGAAAUGCAUCCACACUUUUGAAGGGCACGUGGGUCAGGUUCAGCAGGUUCUCCCCCUCCCGGCCGAAUUUGAACCCGGUACCGACGUACAAGAAGACGACGAAGAGCAGGUGUCGGAUCCUGGGUCGCCCGACAGUUCGACCACAGUCAUGGACGAGAAUGGCGGGUUUCCCAUUGUCUCAUUCAGGGACAUUGGUAUCAACAACCUCUUCACCUCUCAGCCUGAUCGUCCCCACCCACCCCAUUACAUGCUGACUUCGGCGUUGGAUUCCACCAUCCGUCUAUGGGAUGUCCACUCGGGUCGCUGUAUCCGCAAAUUCUUCGGACACGUCGAGGGUGUCUGGGCUGUGGCGGCAGAUACUCUGAGGAUUGUGUCUGGGGCAGAAGACAGGAUGGUGAAGGUGUGGGAUCCUCGAACGGGGAAGUGUGAGCGGACGUUCACAGGACACGCAGGACCAGUGACAUGCAUUGGGCUGAGUGAUUCGAGAAUGUGUAGUGGUGGCGAGGACGGAGAGGUGAGGGUGUACAAUUUCACAUGA